AUGAUCCUUUUCUUUCUUUCUUUCUUUCUUUCUUUCUUUCUUUCUUUCUUUCUACAUUCAAUUAUCCAUUCAUUUAUUCAUUCAUUUUCUAUCUUUGUACUCCCCGAGUCACCAUAUAAUUAUUCCUACCCUGUUCUCCAUAUUGUCAUUUCUUUCUUUCUUUCUUUCAUUCUUUUUUCUUCUUUCUUUUUACUGUCUUUCUUUCUUUCUUUCUUCAUUCAUUUAUUACUACAUUUACUAUAUUUCUACUCCCCUAUUCUCCAUAUAAUCCCUUCGUUAUUUCUUUCUACAUUCAAUUAUUCAUCCAUUUAUUCAUUCAUUUUAUAUCUUAGUACUACCCUAGCCUCCAUACUCCAUAUAAUUAUUUCAUCCUUCCUUCAUUCCGCCCUUUCUUUCUUUCUUUCUUUCUUUCUUUCUUUCUUUCUUCAUGAAUUCAUUCAUUUUGUAUUUUUUACACACCUUUUCUCCUUAUUGUAA